AUGGCCAAAGUGGAAUUCUCCUCUCUCUCUCUCUCUCUAAGAUUCUACUCACUUCCGUUCUAUCUAUCUAUCUAUCUAUCUAUCUAUCUAUCUAUCUAUCUAUCUAUCUAUCUAUCACCAGGACAUGAUACUCGCAAUCCUGACAUCCCGAAUUUGGCCCGUUUUUAUUUCAUUCUAUUCGUAUCUAUCUAUCUAUCUAUCUAUCUAUCUAUCUAUCUAUCUAUCUAUCUAUCUAUCUAUCUAAGUAUUUCAUUCUAUUCGUAUCUAUCUAUCUAUCUAAUAUUUCAUUCUAUUCGUAUCUAUCUAUCUAUCUAUCUAUCUAUCUAUUUCAUUCUAUUCGUAUCUAUCUAUCUAUCUAUCUAUCUAUCCAAGUAUUUCACUCUAAUCGUAUCUAUCUAUCUAUCUAUCUAUCUAUCUAUCUAUCUAUCUAUCUAUCUAUCUAAGUAUUUCAUUCUAUUCGUAUCUAUCUAUCUAUCUAUCUAUCUAUCUAUCUAUCUAUUUCAUUCUAUUCGUAUCUAUCUAUCUAUCUAUCUAUCUAUCUAUCUAUCUAUCUAUCUAUCUAUCUAUCUAUCUAUCCAAGUAUUUCACUCUAAUCGUAUCUAUCUAUCUAUAUAUCUAUCUAUCUAUCUAUCUAUCUAUCUAUUAUUUCAUUCUAUUCGUAUCUAUCUAUCUAUCUAUCUAUCUAUCUAUCUAUCUAUCUAUCUAUCUAAGUAUUUAAUUCUAUUCGUAUCUAUCUAUCUAUCUAUCUAUCUAUCUAUCUAUCUAUCUAUCUAUCUAUCCAAGUAUUUCACUCUAAUCUCAUUCUUCUUUAACAUCGAUUUCAUUCUACUGAAAUCUAUCUAUCUAUCUAUCUAUCUAUCUAUCUAUCUAUCUAUCUAUCUCAAUCUGUUCAUAUCUAUCUAUCUAUCUAUCUAUCUAUCUAUCUAUCUAUCUAUCUCAAUCUGUUCAUAUCUAUCUAUCUAUCUAUCUAUCUAUCUAUCUAGGAGACUUUUUGUCUUAACGAUAAUAAACAGAAUCUAUCUGUUUAUAUCUAUCUAUCUCAGACUGUUCAUAUCUAUCUAUCUAUCUAUCUAUCUAUCUAUCUAUCUAUCUAUCUAUCUCAGUCUGUUUAAAUCUAUCUAUCUAUCUAUCUCAGUCUGUUUAUAUCGAUCUCUGUUCAUAUCUAUCUAUCUAUCUAUCUAUCUAUCUAUCUCAGAUUGUUCAUAUCUAUCUAUCUAUCUAUCUAUAUCAGUCUGUUUAAAUCUAUCUAUCUAUCUCAGUCUAUUUAUAUCGAUCUCAGUCAGUUCAUAUCUAUCUAUCUAUCUAUCUAUCUAUCUAUCUAUCUAUCUCAGUUCUUUCAUUUCUAUCUAUCUCAGUCUGUUCAUAUCUAUCUAUCUAUCUAUCUAUCUAUCUAUCUAUCUAUCUAUCUAUCUAUCUAUCUCAGAGUUUUACCUUCACCUUUCAUAUUUAUUUCCUCUUUCUUUCUUUCUUUCUUUCUUUCUUUCUUUCUUUCUUUCUUUCUUUCUUUCUAUGAGUCCAUCACUUUUCUUUCUUUCUUUCUUUCUUUCUUUCUUUCUUUCUUUCUUUCAUCUCCUUCCUUACUUUAACCUUUUCUUUCUUUCUUUUUGCUUCCUUUCUUUCCAUCUUUCUUUUCUCUCUUUCUUUCUUUCUUUCUUUCUUUCUUUCUUUCUUUCUUCGUUGCUUUUUCCCUUGUGUCUUUCAUUCUCUUUCCUUACUUUAAUUUUCUGUUUCUUUCUUUCUUUCUUUCUUUCUUUCUUUCUUUCUUUAUUUCUUUCUUUCUUUCACUCUUCUUCUUCUUCUCCUCCUCCUCCUCCUCCUACUCCUUCUUCUUCUUCUUCUUCUUCUUCUUCUUCUUGUCCCCUAUUUGCUUUAAAUUCUUUUCUACUGUUACGUUCGUCAACUGAAGAUCUUUGGAAUUCGCAUAUCUUGGCAACUAUAAAUAUCUAUCUAUCUAUCUAUCUAUCUAUCUAUCUAUCUAUCUAUCUAUCCGUGUCUUUUAAUACAAUGAAUCUAUCUAUCUAUCUAUCUAUCUAUCUAUCUAUCUAUCUAUCUAUCCGUGUCUUUUAA